AUGAUUCAACAACAGAAACCAGGCGAAAAUGAACUAAUGUUUAGUUUGGAUGUGGAGUCGCUGUUCACCAACGUACCUGUUAAUGAAGCAAUCGGUUUAGCCAUACAAAUCAUUAUGAAAAAGAAAAACCACGACGCCAAGUUCAUAAAACUGAAUGCAAAAGAUCUAAAACAAUUAUUUGAACUGGCUGUCACCGAUAUUCCAUCUGGAUUUUACGAUCAAUUGUAUAAACAGCAAGGUGGUGUCUCCAUGGGAAGCCCAUUGGCUUCUAUUCUAGCACAUAUUUUCAUUGAACACAUCGAAAACAAAAUUGAGCAUUAUCUGGAUCAGCAUAAAAUCCAGAUUAUGAAACGACAUGUUGAUGAUAUGUUCUUUGUUAUUGAUGGCAAACAGGAAGAUGUUGAGAAACUGUUGGAAUCAAUCAAUCAAUUACAUGAUAAAAUCAAAUUCACAUGUAAAGAUGAAAAAUAUUUUUAA